UGUUUCCCAGUCCUCCACCUCCAGUACAGCUACUCCCAAUAAAACUGCCAGCUCCAACAUCAACAGCUUAAAAUCUGGCAGCAUGGUCAACAACAUGGCAGCUUCAGUUUUACAGGGCAAGAGCCCAGUGCCCAACAGCACCUCUGUCAAGAAGGUCAACACACCCAAGAUCAACUUUGUUGGUGGAAACAAGUUACAAACCACUGCUGUUAAAAAUGAUGAAGCCAAGAUGGAGGCUGCUAAAGCGGCACAGUCCACUGUCUCUGCACCACCAGCGGACCCAAAGAAUGAAUUGUCUGACCCUCUGUCACCUCAGUCAGCACUUGCAGCCCUGCAGAGUGAUGUUCAGCCCGUCGGACACGACUAUGUUGAAGAGGUAAGGAAUGAUGAAGGAAAGGUUAUCCGAUUCCACUGCAAACUGUGUGAAUGCAGUUUCAAUGAUCCGAAUGCCAAAGAAAUGCAUUUGAAAGGAAGGAGACAUCGACUGCAGUAUAAGAAAAAGGUGAACCCAGAUCUCCAGGUUGAAGUGAAGCCUAGCAUCCGAGCCAGGAAGAUCCAAGAGGAAAAGAUGAGGAAGCAGAUGCAAAAGGAAGAGUAUUGGAGAAGACGUGAAGAAGAGGAGCGCUGGAAGAUGGAGAUGAGGCGCUAUGAAGAGGACAUGUAUUGGCGACGUAUGGAGGAAGAUCAGCACCACUGGGAUGAAAGGCACAGAAUGCCUGAUGGAGGUUAUCCACAGGGUCCACCUGGACCUCCUGGUCUGCUUGGAGUGAGGCCUGGGAUGCCCAUUCCUCAACCACAAGGACCAAUGCCUCCACGUCGCCCUGAUUCCUCAGAUGAUCGUUAUGUGAUGACCAAACAUGCAGCUAUUUACCCUUCUGAGGAUGAGCUCCAGGCCAUCCAGAAGAUUGUAUCAAUCACUGAGCGAGCACUUAAGCUCGUCUCUGACAUCAUCACAAACCAAGAUGCAAGUGCGAAGGGCAAAGAAGAGGACAAAGAAAAGAAAGAGCCUCCCAAAGACAGAGUGCUGAAAGGUGUGAUGCGUGUAGGCGUUCUUGCCAAAGGGCUGCUUCUGCGAGGAGACACAAAUGUCAGCCUGGUCCUCCUUUGUUCUGAGAAGCCAACCAAGAAUUUGCUAACGAGCAUUGUGGAACAUCUCCCCAAACAGCUUACGAUGGUAACUACGGAGAAAUAUGAGGUAAAAGGCUCCAUCCAAGAGGCUGCCAUUAUCCUUACCUCCUCCGCUGAGCCCAAGAUGCAGGUGACCAUCACCCUCACCUCGCCUGUCAUCCGAGAGGAAAACACCCAGGAUGGAGAUGUAACCUCGAGUAUGGUGAAAGACCCAGCGGACGUCUUGGACAGGCAAAUAUGCCUUGACGCUCUGGCUGCCCUACGCCACGCUAAGUGGUUCCAGGCUAGGGCUAAUGGACUCCAGUCAUGUGUGAUUGUCAUUCGAAUACUGCGUGACCUUUGUCAGCGAGUACCAACCUGGUCUGCCUUUCCUAGCUGGGCUAUGGAGCUUCUGGUGGAGAAGGCCAUCAGCAGUGCCUCUGGACCAAUGAGCCCAGGAGAUGCUCUGCGAAGAGUCUUUGAAUGUAUUUCCUCAGGCAUUCUGCUGUCUGGUGCUCCAGGAUUGAUAGACCCCUGUGAGAAGAAUCCAACAGAUACACUGGCUACCAUGGAAGAGCAGCAGAGAGAGGACAUUAUGUCAAGUGCUCAGUUUGCCUUGAGGCUGCUGGCAUUCCGUCAGAUUCACAAGGUUCUGGGUAUGGAUCCCUUGCCCCAGAUGAACUCGCGCUUCAACGUACGGAAUAACCGCAAGAGGCGUCGCGACAACAGUGACGGGACCGAUGGAUUCGAAGCUGAAGGGAAGAAGGACAAGAAGGACUACGAGGGGUUCUGAAGUGCACCACAGUACAACUAGCCCUGCUCUCCCUGCACCCGUUUCAAAUCCUGUUCAUUCCAGGAAUACAAAAUGUUGUUUCUGUUGACCUCCGUGCAUGCUGAUUACUACUCAUUAAUGUUUCUAAGAUCUGGUAAAGACCUAUUGAUGGCCACUUUGGGAAAUGCCAGGCUUCAUUUCCUUGACACAUAGACUGUGGUCCAUCUCAUUUAUUUAGUCUGGUGUCUCGGCAUAAAGAUUUGAGAUGUGCACAAACCAAGAGAAGUUAAGCCUAAAGUUCAUGCUCCAUUCAGCACAUUGGAUGUAGUCAUUCACCAUCUUCAGAUUUCUUACGAGUUUCAGACUAGGCAUUUGUAGAAGUCUGGGCUGCGUACUUGUGUCAGUAUGGAACAGAUUCUUUCUUUAAAGUCUAUCUUACCCUUCCAGUCACACAUGUAAAGUAACUUUGGCAAUGGCUUCCUUGGUUUUGCAAUAAAUAGUUUAGGUGUUUUUGCAACUUAUUUUGUUUAGAGACAUUCCGCUUAAAACCGCAAGAUUGAAGAUAAAACGAUUAAUGCGAUGCGUUAGUCCUGUUGUGAUGAAUGUGACAUUGACUGGAUGUGGAUUUAUACAAGCGUGUAUUUUCCAUUGCUAGUGCAUUCUGAAGGCUGGGUUGGCUUUUAACCAUUUGUACAUUUGUCAAUGUCUUUGAAACAUCUUCAGAUCCUUGUUCCUUCUAUAUGCUUAAUGCAAGUGAUGUAAGGCUGCACUUGUCCCAAGUUAGGCUGUAAAGUGUGCUCUGAUAUUCACAGGCCUCUGUGGUGUAGCUGUAUCACAUUUCUGAAGACACUGACCAUUGAAAUCAGACCUGGGCAAAAUACCAUAAGCAUCUAUCAAUUGUCUCUGUAAAUUUCAUAAGGAAUCUUGAGUUACCAGUCCACUUCACAUCAGUUAUUCACACAAGGAAGUAUUCAAGCAGUAAACAUUUGUUCUUUAAGGUCAAAGACAUAUUUUUUUUUUUCUUUAGAAAUGGUAAUUGGCCCAGGUCUGCCUGUGUUUUGCGUUCAUAAUGUUGUAAACCCUAAAUGUAUCUUUAAAUGUGACUGUAUGAUCUCUAAUAUACGAUCAUUUAAUAAGCCUGUAUCUAAUCUUGCAGUAGAUCUUCAGAAACAUGCCUGUAUGGUUUUAAAGAACAGGAAUGUGUUCUUUUUUUUAUUUUAUUUUUUAUGUUCUUUGUUUUUAUGGAUUUUGUUUUACUGAUUUAUAGAUGCAUAGUUGCUUGCCCUAAUUUUGGUUUCUGCUUCGAGUUUGUUGAAUAUCUAUUGAAGAAGAUGGGAGGGACACAAGUAAAAUAUCUGUUGUAACUGCAGAUUGAUGUAGACUUACCCUUUGAUGCUUGUCAUUCGACGUCAAGGUACUCCUACAUUACAAUGCCUAUAAUAAAGACAUUUCCAGAA